AUCAGGAACGAUGUCUAAGGCUCAUAGCAAGUGCCAACCUGACUGGCAACACUCGUCGGUUUUGAUACGAUACCCAAUAUCAUAACAAAAAAAUGCCACCGAAGGAAGACCCUGAAACCACCGCUCUCAAAAAAGAGCUAAACGAUCUGAUUGCUUCUCUUAAGGAAGCACAACAAAAAGUAGCAGACACGAAACUCACUGAGAAAUGCGGGGACAUGGCCGAUUUGUCCAAGAUACGUCUCGUGACUAAGAAAACCUUAAAAGGACACAUCAAUAAAGUGAACUCGGUGCACUACAGCGGCGAUUCCAGGCACUGCGUAACAGGUUCACUAGAUGGGAAACUCAUAAUCUGGGACACCUGGAGCGGCAACAAAGUGCAGGUCAUCCCACUGCGCUCUGCUUGGGUCAUGAGUGUCGCCUUUGCGCCUUCGGGAAAUUUUGUCGCAUGUGGCGGUAUGGACAACAUGUGCACGGUGUACGACGUGAACAACCGCGACGCCACGGGCGCGGCCAAGAUGGUGCGCGAGCUGGCCGGCUACGAGGGCUUCCUCAGCAGCUGCCGCUUCCUCGACGACAAGCACAUCCUCACCGGCUCCGGCGACAUGAAGAUAUGUAUUUGGGAUUUAGAAACAGGUAAAAGGGAUAAGGAAUUCGAUGCUCAUGCAGGCGACGUGGUCAGCAUCUCUUUAGCACCAGACAUGAAUACAUAUGUCACCGGUUCCGUGGACAAGACGUGCAAACUUUGGGAUAUCAGAGAUGACAAAGCCAAACAAACUUUCUUCGGUCACGAUGCUGAUGUUAAUAGCGUUUGUUUCCACGCUAGCGGACAAGCGUUCGCGACCGCCUCUGAGGACAAAACAGCGCGGCUCUUCGACAUCCGCAGCGACCAGCAGAUAGGCCACUACACGCCCCCGGGUGCUAGCGGCUUUACCAGCUGCGGCCUUUCCCCCAGCGGGAGGUAUUUGCUGGCUGGCUCCGACGACAACACCGUGCAUUCCUGGGACACAUUAAAAGUAUCACACACGGGAACGUUGACAGGUCACGAGAACCGCGUGACGUCAAUCUCGAUAGCUCCCAACGGCGUCGCAAUGGCCAGUUGCUCGUGGGACCAAAGUGUCAGGGUUUGGGGCUGAUGCGCUAUCUCUGU